AUGGGUCAGGGAAAGAGAGCACCGGGUAGAGCGUUGAUAGAUAUAGGAUCUACGUAUUCCUAUGUUGCCUGUUCUAUUUCCGAAAACCUAGGGAUUCCGGUUGAGAGUACUUCUAGUGAAGUGAUUGUGCUAAGCCCACUGGGGCAAUCUAUUAGAGUUAGAAAAAUGUACAGGGGUGUUUUUUUAGAUGUUCAAGGGAUGAAUUACUUGGCUAACGUGAUCUCUGCAUUGGUAGCUGAGAAACUGGUUCGCAAGGGAUAUGAGGCGUAUUUAGCCUACGUAAGUGUUUUCGCUUCUGGGGACUCUACUAUUAAGGAUAUCAGAAUUAUGAGGGAUUUUUCGGACCUCUUUCUUGAGGAGCUACUGAGUUUACCUCUGAAUCAGGAAGUGGAGUUUGGGAUUGAGCUUCUCCCUGGUACAACUUUAGUAUCUAUCGCUCCCUAUCGAAUGGCACCGAAGGAGUUUACAGAGCUCAAGGCUCAAAUUCAGGAGUUAUUGGAUUGUAGGUUUAUCCGCCCUAGUGUGUCCCCGUAG